AUGCACGCCAUGGAGGACUUGGUUUUACUGCUGCUUUUGCUCCAAAUUCAUCCAGUGAAGCUGUUCUCUCUGCCUUUUGCACAAGACGACAAUCGAAACUGUUCGGGCCCCAGAGUGUACGUGAGAGAGAUGAGAGAGGGGCGGCCGGCGCUCUGCUGCAGCCGCUGUCCUCCAGGACAAAAGCUGAAGCAAGAAUGCACCGAGGCUCAGGACAGUGUGUGUGAGCCGUGUGGGGCCCAGCAGUUCGCAGAGAGGUGGAACUACGCAUCCAACUGUGGCUCCUGCGUCAAGUGCAAAGAAUCGAAGGGGCUGCGGUACGCGCAGAACUGCUCCUCCACCACAAAGGCCAAGUGUGUCUGUCAGCCGCACAGAUACUGUUUCAUGGGAUAUAAGGACGGAUACUGUCAGGAAUGUGGCCUCUUCACCAAAUGCAGACAGGGGUUCGGGGUCUCUGUACAAGGUACGGCUUCAUCCGACGUCCAGUGUCAAAGGUGUGAAGAUGGGACUUUCUCUGCUUCCGUCUCCAGCACUGAAACGUGCAAACCGCACUCGCCCUGCGAUGAAACACACGUGAUCAGCAAAGGCAACGCCACCGCAGACACGGUGUGCAGAGCUGCCGACGCGAGGCUCACGACCGAACCACAAAUUCUCAACCACAAAACUGGAAAGUCUGUUCUCGCGGCAAAGAGUUACAAAACAACACGAGUUCGCUCAUUUCCCAUCAUGCACGACUCAAGCUCCUCCACUCCUGCCCAUGUGUGGAUCUUUCCAUCAUCUGUACAAACCAAAAGCCAACUGGAUUCUGAACCAGAAAAGCAACUGGCUGCUGUGGUCGGAGGAGUCGCAGGCGUCUUUCUGCUUCUCAUCCUGCUCGUUCUACUGGUGCUGUGUAAACGCAAAUCCAAGAAAGGCAAUGCUGAAAUUUUCCCCAAAGUUGAUGCAAACGGAAACUGUGAGACUGACACUGAUCAGACAAACCACUCUUACCUGGGAGACACAGGACACUUCUCCUUCAACGCUGUGCAGCCAGAACAACAGGGUCUUCUCCAGAACAUGGAUACAAACCUAAAGCAGUCCAUGAGCAACUCUACAGAGCACCUUCAUUCAACAUUACCUCAGCCGCACUCUGCAUUCUCCGAGCCUUUUUCUCUCCAGUCCAACACAGAUUUUUCAGUAGCUAGUUCAAGCUUGCAGUCUUUUUCACAGCCCACAAGUCCACAAAGCACAGCCCCUAGUCCUCUGGUCAACGUUAACAUUAACUUACAUAUAGGGAAUGGGACGUGUGGGACUCCAGCUGUGACGCUCAGAGACAUUGGACCAGCCGAGUCUGCGAUCCCCUUUGGAGAGGAGGAGGAGAGCUGCUGUAGUUAUCUGCAGCAGGAAGAUGGCAAGCCCUCACUGCUGUCUGUGGAAGAAAGUGGAAGUUUUAAUCGAUAA